CAGCCGCUGCACCUGGGGAUGCUGAAGUUGGAGGAACCAAGCAGCCGGGCCUUUCCUCUCUGGCUCUCCCGGCGACACCUGGGGCGCCAAACCCCCCAACCGGAGAAGCGGCACCCGCUGUCGGGGCUGGGCGCUUCCAGUAUUUGGCACUGCGAGCAAUCCCGCACUCCCAUUUCCAGCAGAGGAAGGACUGGUACGAGAACACCGACCAGGACCUGCGCGAUUACGUGGUGCAGAGGCUGGUCCAUGCCAUCUUCCCCACUCCUGACUUGGCCCUCCUGAAGGAUCACCAGGUGGAGAAGGUGGUGUCCUACGCCAAGAAGGUGGAAGGGGACGUCUACCAGUCGACCAACCACUGGGACGUGUAUUGCUGCCUCAUUAUGGUGAAGCUCUUCAAAAUAGAGAAGGAACUGAGGGAGAAGAGGGCCCUCCGGGGCCACAAGCAAGGCAUCGCGGAUGGCCAGGCCUCGCCCAGGGGACCAGCCCAGCCUGCAGUGCCUCUCG